AUGCUGCCAAAUCCGGUGGAUAAAGUGACCGCCUCAUACAAGAUGAUGAUGUUUGAAGACAUGGGCUUCUGCACAGAUUUUGACUUUUUCUCCUCAGCCCCCAUCAAGGAGCCCGAGCCCGAGCCCGAGCCCAUGGACCCACCCGGGUCCGAGCCCACUGCAGAGGACGACUUCACAGACGACGAGAUUGAUGUUGAUGAGCUGGAGCGGAGGAUGUGGCGUGACAAGAUGCGGCUUAAGCGACUCAAGGAGAUGAGUAAAGGGGGGAAGGAGGGCUCGGAUGCAGCCCGUCAGCGGCAGUCCCAGGAGCAGGCCCGGAGGAAGAAGAUGUCGCGGGCCCAGGACGGGAUCCUCAAGUACAUGCUCAAGAUGAUGGAGGUUUGCAAGGCCCAGGGUUUUGUGUAUGGAAUCAUCCCUGAGAAGGGUAAGCCGGUGAGCGGAGCCUCCGACAACCUGCGAGAGUGGUGGAAGGACCGGGUCCGCUUUGACCGCAAUGGGCCCGCCGCCAUCGCCCGUUACCUUUCCGAGAAUGGGCUGGGGACCCGGGAUGAGUCUUCUGGGCCCGUGGGCCCUACUCCCCACACACUGCAGGAGCUCCAGGACACGACUCUUGGCUCACUCCUCUCGGCCCUCAUGCAGCACUGCGACCCCCCACAGAGAAGGUUCCCGCUCGAGAAGGGGGUCCCGCCCCCGUGGUGGCCCACGGGCCGCGAGGAGUGGUGGGCUCAGUUGGGCCUGCCUGGGGAUCAAGGAGGCCCGCCCCCUUACAAGAAGCCGCACGACCUGAAGAAGGCAUACAAGGUUGGGGUUCUGACGGCCGUCAUCAAGCACAUGUCGCCCGACAUCGCCAAGAUCCGCAAGCUUGUGCGGCAGUCCAAGUGCCUCCAGGACAAGAUGACCGCCAAGGAGAGCACCACCUGGCUCGCCAUCAUCAAUCACGAGGAGAAGCUUGCUCGUGAGCUCUACCCAGACCGGGUCCCGCCCUCGUCCGCCAACGAUUCCUUUAUCAACGACAACAGCGAGUAUGACGUUGAAGUCAUCGAGCAGAAGCCUUGCCCGAUGGCCAUCUUCAGUGUCGGGCUGGACGGCAUCUCGGCCCAACAGCAGCAGCAGCAGGCCCACGUCAUCAAUGAUGAGGUUGUCAGCAGCAACAGCUUAGACUUCUCGAGGAAAAGAAAAUCAGGCCCCGAGCAAAUGAGUGAGGCGGCCGAGCACGGAGUGUACACAUGUGGGUACCGCCGCUGCCCUCAUGGGGAUGUCCGUCACGGCUUUCACGACCGGGCCUCAAGGGACAACCAUCAACUCUCGUGCCCAUGUGGCCCGGCAGCCGAGUUUGGGCCCACGAACUUCAACAUUGACGAGAUCAAGCCGAUUGUGUUCCCUCAGUGUCCUGUCAUGCCAAAAUCAGCCCCACCGCAGCUGCAGCCGGCCAGUCUGUCGGGAGUUGAGGUUCCUGAGGACGGUCAGAGGAUGAUAACCGAGCUUAUGUCCAUGUACGAGGGAAAUUCUCAAUCAAACAGAAACAGGUCGGUCGUAAACGAGCAGUCUCUUAGUCAACUCAAUGUUGUGUGCCAGCAGCAGGACGGGUAUAUUAACGGCCGAGGAUUGGUUUUCGAGGGUAAUCAUAUAUUCAAGGACAAUAAUAACUCGCCCAAUAAUGCUUCGAUGUUCAGACCGGGGAGUGGUGGUGGUGGUAGGUUUGAGAAUUGCAAGGCCAUGAAUCCACCAUUUACCACCACCACGGCGGAUAAUUUCCCAAUGAUGUAUGGUUCGCCGUUCAAUAUGUCCUCCCUUGACUUCACGGACGGGUUUGCAGGGAUCAAGAAUGAUAACGUGUCGAAACAGGACACGAUGAUUUGGUACUAA